AUGACAUUAUUCCCAUUAUUGUUGUUCCUGGCUGCUGUGUUACCCCCAUCCCUUCUUCAAGAUGACUAUGAGGUAUGGAAUGAAAAUCUUGAGAAUUUGUCAACCACUAGACAGUCAGUUCAAGAAGAGAUUGUAAACAAGCACAACCAACUGAGAAGAAUGGUUUCUCCACCUGGUAGUGACUUACUAAAGAUGCAAUGGAGCAAUGAUGCCCGAGUGAAUGCACAGAGAUGGGCAAGCCAGUGCACUUAUGAACACAGUCCUCCAGAAGCCAGGACCACCAAAAUAAGAUGUGGUGAGAAUAUCUUCAUGUCAAGUUACCCAGCAUCAUGGUCUCAUGCAAUCCAAAGCUGGUAUGAUGAAGUCAAUGAUUUCAGUUUUGGUUCAGGUCCAAAUACAACUGAUGCAGUAGUUGGACAUUAUACUCAGGUUGUUUGGAAUACAUCUUUCCAAGUUGCAUGUGGAGUUGCUGAGUGCCCUGACCAAUCAUUGAAAUUCUUUUAUGUUUGUCAGUAUUGUCCUCCUGGUAAUUUUGUAGAAAGGCAAUACAUCCCUUACACAGUGGGAGAACCGUGUGCCCUUUGUCCUGAUCACUGUGAAGAUGGACUAUGCACAAAUAGUUGUGAAUAUGAAGAUAAAUAUUCUAACUGUGCGGAUUUGAAGGCUUCAGUAACCUGUGACUAUCCCUUGGUUAAACAAAACUGUAAUGCUACAUGCAAAUGUGAAGGCAAAAUUCAUUAAACAUCUAGUACAAAUGAGCAGGGCCAUGUGAAGAAAGACCAUCUCUUCUACUUAGGCUUGUCACAUUCCACCAGGAAUUUAGAAGUAUAGAUGCAUUCAAAUGAUUCCAAACAGUAAACAUUCCUUCAUUCUGUACCAUUCCAUUUAGUAGAAAUAUUUUACAUCCAAAGUUUUUAAAAUAACAUAAUCAAUAAUACCUUUGGACCUUGACCUCUGAAUUCUGUGACACAUUUAUGGAGUUGAGUCAAACCCAAGGUCAUACUGUUUGUCUGCAUGACUAAGGUCACUGAAACUCCAUCCAGAAAAUAAGAAUCAGGUCCCCAGAGCACAAUGGAGUAAAGGAACAGCAAUAUACUUCCACUGUAACUGUCAGUCAUCUUUCCUAGCUCUACCUAGCUAACUUUAUCUGAAAACAAGUCCCCAUUAGCUUUCUUUGAUUUCUUCCCAACAUUUGCU